UUCAUGCGUUCGCGGGUUUGAUCACUCUCUCUCCUCGGUCUCUGAACUGAGACGUUAGAGCAAAAAUAGCCACAACAACUCCGCCCAAAAAUGGCGGAACUGGAGUAUUCAAGAUUACCACCGCCACAAACCACGCAACACGAGGACAAAGCUCAAACACGGACACAAGAGAAAAUCAAAGUUCUGGCUUUACGCUUCAGUUUUUUGUUUUUUUUUUCCGAGCACUUCAAACUUCUGCGGGACAACUUUUGAUCCUCUCAUUGUAGACACAAUCAAAUGGUUACGUUCACAUAGCCACGUUUUGAUCAUUUCUAUCGGAAGUUAGAAUGGACCAGUCGGCCAAUAUCGUUGUUGGUUCCCAUAUAUGGGUGGGAGAUUUAGAGUCCGUUUGGAUUGAUGGGGUCGUAUUGAACAUCACCGGGGAAGAUGCUGAGAUUCAAACUAGUGAUGGAAGACAGGUGGUUGUAAAACUGUCAAAUCUAUAUCUAAGGGAUGCAGAAGCUCCUGCUACUGGAAUUGAUGAUAUGACUAGAAUGUCAUAUUUGAAUGAGCCAGGGUUGCUGCAUAAUUUGGCUACCAGAUAUGGAAUAAAUGAAAUCUAUACUUAUACUGGAAAUAUUCUUAUUGCCAUCAAUCCAUUCCAAAGUAUUGAAAAACUGUAUGAUGCCUGUGUGAUGGAGCAGUACAAGGGAGCACCAAUUGGGGAGCUGAAGCCUCAUGUUUUUGCAAUUGCUGAUGUUGCAUAUAGGGCUAUGAUAAAUUAUGGGAAAAGCAACUCUAUUCUAGUAAGUGGUGAAAGUGGGGCUGGCAAAACUGAAACCACCAAAAUGCUUAUGUGUUACCUUGCAUUUUUGGGCGGCCAUGCUGCAUCUGAAGGACGGACUGUUGAACAACAAGUUUUAGAAUCAAAUCCAGUUCUUGAAGCUUUCGGCAAUGCAAAAACAGUAAGAAACAACAAUUCAAGCCGUUUUGGGAAAUUUGUUGAGAUCCAAUUUGACAAGAAUGGAAGAAUAUCAGGAGCUGCCAUCCGAACAUAUCUUCUUGAGAGAUCACGGGUUUGCCAAAUAUCAGACCCUGAGCGCAACUAUCAUUGCUUUUAUCUUCUCUGUGCAGCUCCACCUCAGGAGAGAGAGAAAUAUAAGCUGGGAAAUCCAAAAUCAUUUCACUAUCUAAACCAAUCAAAUUGUUAUGAACUGACUGGUGUGAAUGAUGCUCACGAUUAUCUUGCUACAAAGAGAGCCAUGGAUAUUGUUGGAAUAUGUGAACAGGAGCAGGAUGCAAUUUUCAGAGUUGUGGCUGCAAUUCUUCAUCUUGGUAAUAUUGACUUUGCAAAAGGAGAAGAGUCCGAUUCAUCAUUUGUAAAAGAUGAAGAAUCAAAAUUUCACCUUGACAUGACAGCAGAGCUUCUCAUGUGCGAUCCCCAAGCAUUAGAAGAUGCUCUUUGCAAGCGCAUGAUGAUUACACCAGAGGACGUUAUCAAGAAAAGUCUUGAUCCGCUUGGUGCAACAGUCAGCAGGGAUGGAUUAGCCAAGACAAUAUAUUCUCGUUUGUUUGACUGGUUGGUAGGUAAAAUCAAUGUUUCCAUCGGGCAAGAUCCUGGCUCUGAAUAUCUGAUCGGUGUACUGGAUAUUUACGGUUUUGAGAGCUUUAAAAAUAAUAGUUUUGAGCAAUUCUGCAUCAAUUACACAAAUGAAAAGCUGCAGCAACAUUUCAACCAGCACGUGUUCAAGAUGGAGCAAGAAGAAUAUGUAAGAGAGGAAAUUGAUUGGAGCUACAUAGAAUUUGUUGAUAAUCAAGAUGUCCUUGACCUCAUUGAGAAGAAACCAGGUGGAAUCAUUGCUCUUCUUGAUGAAGCAUGCAUACUCCCAAAAUCAAAUCAUGAAUCAUUUGCACAAAAGCUGUACCAAAUCUUCAAAAAUCAUAAACGCUUCAUCAAGCCAAAAUUGGCUCGCUCAGAAUUUGCUAUUGUUCAUUAUGCAGGAGAUGUUCUAUAUCAGUCGGAACAUUUUCUAGACAAAAAUAAAGAUUAUGUUGUCCCUGAACAUCAAGAUUUGUUAAGUGCUUCAAAAUGUUCUUUUGUUGCUGGUCUCUUCCCUCCUUUUCCUGAGGACAUGGCCAAAUCAUCAAAGUUUUCUUCAAUUGGCUCUCGUUUUAAGUUACAGCUACAGCAGUUGAUGGAAACAUUAAAUUCGACAGAACCCCAUUAUAUAAGAUGCGUGAAGCCCAAUACUGUCCUGCAACCUGCCAUAUUUGAGAAUGCGACUGUUAUGCAACAAUUACGUUCUGGUGGUGUUCUGGAGGCAGUUAGAAUCAAAUGUGCAGGAUACCCUACUCAUAGAACAUUUUCCGAAUUUUUAUCUCGAUUUGGAGUUCUUGCACCCGAGGUAUUGGAAGGGGACUAUGAAGAGAAGGUAGCAUGCGGAAAGAUUCUAGAGAAGAUGGGACUUAAAGGUUAUCUGAUAGGGACAUCAAAAAUUUUCCUAAGAGGUAAUCUGAUGGCUGAACUAGAUGCAAAAAGAACAAAAAGACAUACUACCGCUGCCCUAGCUAUACUGAAGCAUAUCCGAACUCGAAUUGAUCGUAAAAAGUACAUAGCUAAGAAAAGAGGUUGCGUUCUUCUACAGUCAUAUUGGAGAGGCAUUCGUGCUCGGGAAUUGUAUGAAAUUAAAAGAAGAGAAGCAGCUGCCAUCAAAAUUCAAAAGACUAUUCGUGGAUACCUUGCCAGGAAACUCCAUGUUAAAACAAGGAUCUCUACUGUUGUUCUUCAGGCUGGUAUACGAGCAAUGAUUGCUCGCUGUGAAUACAGACAUAGGAGGAGGCAGGUUAAGGCUGCAAUAGUUAUUCAAUCACAUGGGCGUCGGUAUAGAUGCGCUUCAGAGUAUAAGAUGAUUAGAAAACAAUCUACCAAUGACGAAGGUCUUACGAAUCAAAGGAUGACUAACUUGGAAGAAACAGAGGAGGAUCUGGUCUCGCCUUGUUCGUUGCUUAAUAGCAGUACAGACUCCAUUGAUGAAACAAUUGAAAUGAUUGCCAAGGAAAGCCAUGUCUAUCCGAAAGAAGUAGAAGAAGCAUACUUUAUUAUUAAAGAGCCCACUAGUCCGGUUAAAGAUACCGAACAAGUAGGGGCUCUCACAGCAGAAGUGGCUAACCUAAAGGCACUGUUGCAGGCUGAAAGACAAAGAGCUAAUGAAAGUGAAAGGAAGUGUGCUGCAGCACAGAAAUUAAGCGAGGAAGGACGUAAAAAACUAAAAGAAAACGAAAGGAAGGUGCAGCAACUUCAAGAUUGCAUAAGCAGGAUGGUACAUUGCAUGGCAAAUCAAAUCUCGGAGAUGAAAAUGAUCAUGAGUUCUAACUCAGGUGCAUCUAGUUCGAUCCCAAGCGAGGUUCUGACGGAGGCUACAUCUAGUUGCUCUGAUUCAUCAUCAGAAGACUUCACCUUUCCUGUCCCGACUCCAUCUACCCCAGCUUUCUCUUCAUUCGGUACCAACAAUUUUCAGCUGAUUGUGCAGGAUAUUUCAGCUGCAGAAAUUCCACGAUCUGACAAUGACAGGGAAGGGGGAUUCUCUGACUACUUCUAAUGCAACCUCCUCCUGUACAUUUCUUCUUUCCUCCAAAUAUAAUUUCUAUAUUAUAACUCCAAGUAUAAGUAGGAACAGUUGUCAUAGAAUUCCUCAGUUUUCAAAGGCAUUUUUAGCUUUUAGCACCUACAUUCAACAUUCAAAUGAUUGAAGAUAGUACAUAACUUGACUGCAGAGGUUCAAAUACACCAUCAUAUAUGCACAUUUGAAUGCUUAGAUCAUUCUAAUAAGGCCCUUUUGGCCAAAUGUGCACAUCUGAAUGUUUUAGCUUAGAACCCUUUUGGCCUCAGUUACUUUUUUCUAUCAUAUAUAUACAAAUGUAUAUGCACAUUUGAAUGCUUAGAUCUCCUGAAACACUCUGCUAAUAUUCUAUAUUUAUCAUCAGUUUGUUAACGUC